ACACCCCUCUGCUCCCCGGUUCUCUCGCAGGGUCUGCCGCAUACGAUGAAAGUUUCCACUCUCAGGGAAGGCACGGCCAUGGCUUCCCUGCUGCCCCGGGAGAAGGAGGAGGAGCUGGUGCCCGCUGGCUCCGAGCCAGGUGACCCUCGUUCCAAACCCCCGGUCAAGCCCAAACCCCGGGCCCUGCCUACCAAGCCCGCGCUGCCUGCCAAGCCCAGCCUGCUGGUGCCUGUAGGGCCUCGGCCCCCUCGGGGUCCCCUGGCCGAGCUACCUUCUGCUCGGAAGAUGAACAUGCUGGCAGGACCCCAGCCCUAUGGUGGCAGCAAGCGUCCCCUCCCCUUUGCACCAAGGCCUCCUGCUGAGGUCCCUGAUGGCGGAGAAACUGCUCCAGAGACGGGCAAGGAGGAGGCUGGCAAAGAGGAGGUGCCCCCCUUGACCCCUCCGGCGAGAUGUGCUGCCCUGGGUGGCGUGCGGAAGGCCCCAGCCCCCUUCCGCCCAGCCUCAGAGCGCUUUGCGGCCACCACAGUGGAAGAGAUCCUGGCCAAGAUGGAACAGACUCGGAAGGAGGUCCCUGCCAGCCCUGACCGCCUCUGGGGCUCCCGCCUCACCUUCAACCAUGACGGCAGUUCACGUUAUGGCCCCAGGACCUAUGGUGUGGCCACCAGCCCCAGGGAUGAGGAUGGUGUGACCCUCUCGAGGGCAUGGUGCCAGGAGGGGCCUGUGAAGUCUCCAGCAGAGAGCCGGCAAGAGCACAGCAGGACCCCCCCGGAGAGGAGUCCGCCUUCGGACCGGCCCUUCAACGGGGACCUGCUGGCCAGCUCUGAGCCACCUGCUGACGUUUCUGAGCCCUGGGUCCCGUCAAGUCUAGGCUCAGCCUCAGGGAAUAGAGGCUGUGCAAGCCCUGGCCUCGCUGUGGAUGCCUCAGGCCUUGUGCCCGAGUCUCCCUGUCAUCCGUCACCUGAUCAGAGCCCUUCCUGCCCCUCUCAGCUUCCAGAAGCCCAGAGCCCUGCAGCUUCCAGGGCUUCUGCCUGCCCCCUGGUAACUCUGGCAUCCCCAAAUCCAGCCCUGCUGGAUGAGGGCUCCUGCCACCUUCCUGACCUGGGGCUCCUUCCCGAGGGAGCCCCAGAGGCCCCGAGGCCCAGCAGCCCUCCCCUGGAGAAGGGCUCGGGGUGCCACAGCCCGGAGCAGCCGCUGGCCACCUCACCCCGACCUCUGAUCGAAGGGGGUGAGUUCCUGGACCUCAUGCAGACGUUUGCAUCCGACAAGGAGGAGGUGGAGGCCAAGCGUCACUCAGACCUCCGGCCCGCCAGCCUGGCUCAGCGCCGCUUCUCUGAAGGUGUCCUCCGGUCGCCUGGCCAGGACCAGGAGAAGCUAGGGGGCUCACUGGCUGCCCUGCCCCAAGCCCAGGGGAACCAGGCAGCCCUGGAUCAGCCCUUUGGGAGUGGCACAGAGUCCAACUGGAGCCUGUCACAGUCAUUUGAGUGGACCUUCCCCGCGAGGCCCUCAGGGCUGGGCACGUUUCGUCUGGACUCCCCGCCCCCGUCCCCGAUCACAGAAGCCACUGAGGCAGCGGAGGCCGCUGAGGCCCGCGACUGCGCUGUGUCCGUAGAGGAGGAAGGCGUGUCUGAGCAGGGGCAAGGAGAGCGGGCACUUCCACAGGGCCUGGGAAGGCCGAGUUCCCAGCUGCGGGGCGAUGAUCCCGGAAUCUCCCCAACCCAACAGGGUGACUGGGUGAGUCACCCUGCGUCCCCAGCUGGUGCCCUCAAGCCCCUGUCUACAGUGGGGGGCCCACUUAGGUCCGCUCCCCUGCUGCAGGCCGAGGAGAGGUACGAGGAGCGGGAGCCCCUGGCCGGACAGGAGCUGCCCCUCCCUCCAGCCACCAGGGAGGCAGCCCUGCCCAUCCUGGAGCCUGUUCUGGGGCAGCAGCAGCCGGUACCCCCUGACCAGCCCUGUGUCCUCUUUGUCGACACCCCUCACCCUGGGCGGGUGUUGCCUACAGAGGAGGAGGCAGUGACUCUGGCCCAGGCUGAGGCCACCCAGCCCAGGACAGAGGCUCAAGAACCCUGCAGGGCCUCCCCAGAGCCAGUGGGCCCCGGAAGCAGUUCCCGAUGGCUGGAUGACCUCCUGGCUUCGCCGCCACCUGGUGCUGGCAGUGCGAGGCGGGGAGCUGGAUCCGAGCCAAAGGACGUGCAGACCCCCAGCACCUGCUCUGAGGGACUCCUGGGCUGGGCCCAGAAAGAUCUGCAGAGUGAAUUUGGGAUUGCAGCAGACCCGCAGCCCAGCAGUUUCAGCCCUGCCAGCUGGUCCCAAGAUGCUUCCCAGGACUAUGGCCUUGGGGCCAUGAGCCCCAGAGACCCAGGCCUUGGGGAGAGCGACUGGACUAGCAAGUAUGGGCAAGGAGAGGGGGAAGGAAGUGCCAAGGAGUGGGCCAGCCGGUGUGGCAUUGGCCAAGAAGAGAUGGAGGCUGGCGGUGGAGACAGGAGAGAGGCGUCUGCCCCAGGGAGGCUUGCCACCCAGGACCGGGUCAUUGGGAAGCCGACCCCACCUGGCGCUCCGCAGAGCCCAGAGGCUGCUGCACAGGACUGGGAGUUCAGGAAGCGGGACUCCCGGGGCACUUACACUAGCCAAGAUCAGGAAUUUGGGAAGAGAGACUCGCUGGGUGCUUACAGCAGUCAGGAUGCAAGUCUUCGGCACUGGGAAUUUGGGAAGAGAGAAUCUCUGGGCACGUACGCCAGCCGGGAUUCAAAUGAGCAGGGCCAGGAAUCGGGGCAGAAGGACCCGCUGGGCAGCCAGGAUGUGGGUGAGCACCACCGGGAGUUUGAGAAGAGAGAGUCUACCCUCGGUACCUUCGGCAGCCGGGAUGAGGAGCAGCAGGGCCAGGGCUUUGGGCAGAGCACCUGGGUGAGUGACUACAGCAGUGGCAGCGACUCCAACCCUCUUGGCUCCCAGGACAGAGGCUUCGGCACGAGAGCCCUGAGUGUGGGGUUCAGCCCCGAGGAAGCCCAGCAGCAAGAUGAGGAAUUUGAGAAGAAGGUUCCGAGUGGCGGAGACAGCCUUGGUGAGGCCAGCAGGAAUGCAAGCCAGCCGGAAGAGAGGGAGCCAGGGGGUCUGUUCAGCCCCAGCAUCCCCCAGCCCCAGGAUGGGGCACUUGGGCAGAGAGAGCAAGGCAGUGAUGCCACCCAGGAAGUCGGAGGGUUGCAGCACAGACAGCAGGCGGGGGGCCAGAGCCCUGACGAUGCUGACCUGGAGGAUAGGGAGACGGGGAGGCGAGGCUGGGCCACCGAGUUCAGCCUUGGGCUCGCCCCCCAGCCGGAGAUGACGUUCAGUCCUGGGCGGCCAGACUGGAACGACGAUUUCUGCAUCGAGGGCACCGAGAGGAGCUACCGGUUCGGCAUCAUAGGCAACGACAGAGCUAGCAGUGCUGGCCUGAGCCCUUCCGGCAAGGUGGGAGGUGGCCACUUUGUAUCUCCCGGAAAGACUACAGCCACGCCUGUGGACUGGACUGACCAGCUAGGCCUCAGGAACCUGGAAGUGUCCAGCUGUUUGGGUGCAGGGGGCUCAAGGGAAUCCAGGGAGAAUGCCGUGGGACAGAGAGGCUGGGCAGACAACCUGGGCUUGAGGGACAUGGACCUGGCUAGCUGUUUGGAGACUGGGGGGUCUGAGGAGUCCAGGGGGAUCCAAGUCAGGGAGGAGGACUGGACUUCUGAAGUCAGGGUGAAGAGCAGAGAUUUGGCAGGAAUUGGGGAGGGGGAAGGUCACACUCAGGCUAGGGAGAGUGGUGUGGGACAGACUGACUGGUCAGGUGAGGAAGCCGGAGAGUUUCUUAAGUCACGAGAGCGGGGUGUGGGACAGGCAGAUUGGACGCCUGACCUUGGGCUGAGAAACAUGGCCCCAGGGACAGGUUGUAGUCCCAGCGAGUCCCGAGAGCUUGGUGUGGGCCAGAUGGACUGGAGCAACAAUCUGGGCCUAAGGAAUUUGGAGGUGUCCUGUGACCUGGAGUCAGGAGGGUCCCCUGAGCUGCGAGGGUGUGGAGUAGGGCAGAUGGACUGGACCCAGGACUUGGGACUGCGGCAUGUGGAGUUGUCUGGGGGCCUGAGCGAAGUCAGGGAGCAUGGGGUGGGAGAGGUCGACCAGUGCCCAGAGCUACACCUUAGGAGCAGUGGGGACUUAUCCCCAGACCUGGAGGCCAGACACCCCUCAGAGACCAGGGAAAUGGGAGUUGGCGAGACAAGUGGACCAGAGACCCCGGGCGAAGAAGACUCCUCGCUUUCCUCAGAUAUGCGCCCUGAAGACCCCCGGAUGGAGAUGGGAGAUGUCUCUGGCUUUGGAGCCAGCCCCGAUGGGUGCCCUGCCCGCACCCCACCCUCUGGCUCACAGGGCCUGCUGGAGCAGAUGCUGGCCGCCCACAGUGCCAAGGCGUCGGCCCGCAGGGAGUCAGGGGGCUUGGGCCUUGGGUGCCUGUUACAGGAGGGAGGAGCCAUAGCUGUUGCUGAUCAAGGGGAGCUGGUGGAGCCUGGCAGGGACCCUCUGCCCUCCUGGAGGCCCCAGCCUGAUGGUGAAGCCAGCCGUACAGAGGAGGUGGACGGCAGCUGGGGCACCCCGGGGGCCCAGCAGGGCGAGCAGGGGCUGGCCCGGACUCCUCGACGGCCACCCCAGGGUCCUCCCCUCAGCUCUUUGAGUCAGGACUUCUCCUUCAUGGAGGACACCGAGAUUCUUGACAGUGCCAUGUAUCGGAGCCGUGCCAACCUGGGGCGCAAGCGUGGGCACCGGGCCCCGGCCAUCCGGCCUGGCGGCACGCUGGGUCUGUCAGAUGCAGCGAACUCAGACGCGCGCCUGUUCCAGGACUCUACAGAGCCACGAGCUUCCCGGGUGCCAUCAUCUGAUGAGGAGGUGGUGGAGGAGCCUCAGAGCCGCCGGACACGGAUGUCCUUGGGCACCAAGGGGCUGAAAGUCAACCUCUUCCCUGCCCUGAGCCCAUCUGCCCUAAAGGCUAAACUGCGCCCCCGGAACCGCUCAGCUGAGGAGGGGGAGCAGGUGGAGAGCAAGUCGACUCAGAAGGAGUCUGCGGUUCAGCGCUCCAAGUCCUGCAAGGUCCCCGGGCUUGGAAAGCCCCUCUCAUUACCUCCCAAACCAGAGAAAUCCUCAGGGUCAGAAGGAUCGUCACCUAACUGGCUGCAAGCCCUGAAGCUGAAGAAGAAGAAGGUCUGA